GAAUGUAUGAAGAAAUCUAUGAACAUCAGUGAUGAACCGAAGCCAGAGAGUGUCCUAGAUGAAGUCAGUUUUGAAGGCAUUGCUAGAUAUAUUAAAAGUGACAAGUGCAAGAAUAUUGUUACCAUGGCUGGUGCAGGAAUAUCAACAUCUGCUGGAAUUCCUGACUUUAGAUCACCAUCACCAGGAAGUAGAUUAUAUAACAACCUUCAGAAAUAUAAUCUACCACAUCCUAAGGCAAUGUUUAGUAUAGGGGUUUUCCAUGAAAAUCCAGAACCAUUUUUCACGUUGUGCAAAGACCUAUUUCCAGAAACGUACAGGCCGACACCUUGUCAUUACUUUAUCAAGCUUCUAGAGAAGAAGAACAAGCUGAUGAGACAUUUUACACAGAAUAUUGAUACACUAGAGCGAGUAGCUGGACUAAGUGAUGAUAAGAAUGUAGAGGCACAUGGUUCCUUCAACACCGGACAUUGUCUCGAGUGUGGCGAUGAAUAUUCACUAGAAUGGAUGAAAGAACAGAUAUUUAGUAAAUCAGAGACAGUUGUGCCAAAGUGUAUAAAAGAGGACUGUGAUGGUGUUGUAAAACCAGAUAUUGUAUUUUUUGGAGAGAGUUUACCAAAGAAGUUUGCACAGAAUGUUUCAGAUUUAGGCAGGUGUGAUUGUCUGAUAGUUAUGGGAACAUCAUUGGUUGUACGGCCAUUUGCUUCACUUACAUCAAGAACACUAAAAACAACACCACGUUUGUACAUAAAUCUUGAAAAUACCUCUGCAGGGUCAAGUGAUGUUAUGUCAAUGAUGUUUACUGGAAGAAGUGGUUUUGAUUUUGACAAGGAGGACAAUAUCAGAGAUGUGUUCUGGCAAGGUACAUGUGAUGAUGGGUGCUACGCUUUAGCUGAUCUAUUAGGAUGGGGUGUUGAGCUAAGACAAAUGGUUAAAGAAGAACAUGAAAGACUGGAUAAAGAGAAAUCAGCUUCAUCCAAAAAGAAAACUUCAAAAUCUGGUCAAGAUCAUAUUGAUAAAUCACUAAAUAAAUCUGCGAAUAAAUCACCAAAAAUGUGAUUGAUGAUGACUUAUAUUUUUAUCAAUAUGUUAAGUUUUUGUUUUUUGCUGAUUUUUAUUGUUAGCUCACCGGAACCGAAGGUUCAGGGUGAGCUAUUAGUAUCAAAGGGGAUGCUCCGGCGUCUGUCGUCCGUCGUCAUGCGUCAACAAUCGUCUUCUUCUCUGAAACCAUUUGGGCAGAUUUUCUUCAAAUUUGGUCUGUAGCAUCCUUUUGACACUCACACUUAAAUUUGCUCAUGUCAUUUCUAUUGGCCCUUUUAGGGGUCAACAGAGCUAAAAAUAGAAAAACCUUUAAACAUCUUCUACAACAGAACUCAUUGAUGAAUGAUCACCAAACUUUGUCUGUAGCAUCCUUUCGUAGUCUUUUAACAAGUUUGCUCAUAUUAAUUUGAUUGGCCCCAUUUCAGGGGUCUCUAGACCUAAAAAUCGAAAACUAUUUAGACAUCUCCUUCUACAGAACUAAUUGAUGGAUGAUCACCAAACUUUGUCUGUAGCAUGCUUUGGUAGUGUUUUAUCAAGUUUGCUCAUAUUUAUUUGAUUGGCCCCUUUUAUGCGUCUCUAGGGCUAAAAAUAGAAAUACCUUUAAACGUCUGCUUCUACAGAACUAAUUGAUGGAUGAUCACAAAACUUUACCUGUAGCAUUCUUGGGUAGUCUUUUAUCAAGUUUGCUCAUAUUUAUUUGAUUGGCCCCUUUUUGGGGGCCGCUAAAGCGAAAAAUAGAAAAUACCUUUAAACGUCUAUUUCUACAGAACUAAUUGACGGAUCAUCACCAAACUUUGUCUGUAACAUUCUUAGGAUUUUUUUAUCAAUGUUGCUUAUAUUAAUUUGAUUGGCCCCUUUUAGGGGGAGUCUAUAGCUAAAAAUAGGAAAACCUUUAGACAUCUUCUUCUACAGAACUAAUUGUCGGAUGAUCACCAAACUUUGUCUGUAGCAUUCUUGGGUAGUCUUUUUUCAAGUUUGCACAUAUUAAUUUGAUUUAGAAAUACAUUUAAACGUCUAUUUCUACAAAACUAAUUGAUGGACGAUCACCAAACUUUGUCUGUAGCAUUCUUUGGUAGUCUUUUUAUCAAGUUUGCUCAUAUUAUUGUGAUUGGCCCCUUUUAGGAGCCGCUAAAGCUAAUAAUAGAAAUACCUUUAAACGUCAAUUUCUAUAGAACUAAUUGAUGGAUGUUCACCAAACUUUGUCUGUAACAUUCUUAGGUAUUCUUUAUCAAGUUUGCAUAUAUAAAUUUGAUUGGCCCCUUUUAGGGGUCUCUAGAGCUAAAAAUAGAAAAACCUUAACGUCAGCUUCAACAGAACUAAUGGAUGUAUGAUCGCCAAACUUUGUCUGUAGCAUUCUUGGGUAGUCUUUAAUCAAGUUUGAUCAUAUUAAUUUGAUUGGCCCCAUUUUAGGGACCGCUAAAGCUAAAUUUAUAACUACCUUUAAACGUCUCCUUCUACAGAACUAAUUGAUGGAUGAUCACCAAAUUUUGUUUGAAGCAUUCUUUGGUAGUUUUUUUAUCAAAUUUGCUCGUAUUAAUUUGACUGGACCCUUUUAGGGGCCGUUCAAGCUAAAAAUAGAAAAAAAACUUUGAACAUCAUCUCGUACUGAAAUAAUUGAUUGAUGAUCACCAAACUUUGUCUGUAGCAUUCGUUGGUAGUCUUUUAUCAAGUUUGAUCAUAUUAAUUUGAUUGGUUUCUUUUAGGGGCCGCUAAAGCUAAAAAUAGAAAAACCUUUGAACAUCAUCGCCUGCUGAAAUAAUUUAUGGAUGAUCACAAUACUUUCUCUGUAGCAUUCGUAGGUAGUCUUUAAUCGAGUUUGCUCAUAUUAAUUUGAUUGGCCCCUUUUAGUGGCCGCUUAAGCUAAAAAUAGAAAUACCUUUAAACGUCUCCUUCUACAGAACUAAUUGAUGGAUGAUCAUCAAACUUUGUCUGUAGCAUUCUUAGGUAGUCUUUUAUAUUUUACUGAAAAGCGGUUGUUUCUGGUGAGCGACUCAGGGCCAUCAUGGCCCUCUUGUUUACAAUUUUGAUUAAUUGUUCCAUUGUUUUAUCACUUAUAUAUGUUAUUGAACUGGUAGCAGUCAAAAACAGGGUUUAUAACAGGAGCAAUGUGUUCUCAAACUUUUUGGAAUAUCUUUCUGGUUUCUUUUCUAUCUGCAUUAGAUAAUUUUGCAGCACUGUAUAUUUUUCUUGUAUAUUGUCCUUGACAAAGUUUGGUGAUCAUCAAUCAAUUAUUUCAGUAGGAGACGAUGUUCAAAGGUUUUUUCUAUUUUUAGUUUUAGCUUUAGCGGCCCCUAAAAGCGGCUAAUCAAAUUUAUACGAGCAAACUUGAUAAAAGACUACCAAAGAAUGCUUGAAACAAAAUUUGGUGAUCAUUCAUUCAUUAGUUCUGUAGAAGGAGAUGUUUUAAUGUAUUUCCAUUUUUAGUUUUAUCGGCCCCUAAAAGGGGCCAAUCAAAUUAACACGAGAAGACUUGAUAAAAGACUACCCAAGAAUGCUACAAACAAAGUUUGGUGAUAAGCUAUCAAUUUUUCAGUAGGAAAUGAUGUUCAAAGGUUUUUCUAUUUUUAGCUUAAGUGGCACCAAAAAGAGGCCAAUCAAAUUAAUAUGAGCAAAAUUGAUAAAGAGUACCUAAGAAUGCUACAGACAAAAUUUAAUGAUCAUUUAUGAAUUAGUUCUGUAAAAGGAGACGUUUAAAGGUUAUUCAAUAUUGAGCUUUAGCGGUCCCUAAAAAGGGGCCAAUCAAAUUAAUAUGAGCAAACUUGAUAAAAGACUACCCAAGAAUGCUACAGACAAAGUUUGGUGAUCAUACAUCCAUUAGUUCUGUUGAAGCAGACGUUAAAGCUUAAGUCGUAAAAGACGUUUCUGACAGUAAUGGCAUAAUAUGGGUUAAAUUAAUUAGAGACUUUUCCAAAAUGAUUUUGAUGUAUUUCCCUGCUUUAUGUAUAUUCCACCUAGUAAUUCUGAUUAUUUUAAUAUGCACGAUAUUGGCUUUUUCGAAGCACUUGAAAUAGGUGUCCGAAAAUAUUCUCAAUGCGGUAAAAUAGCGGUUUUAGGUGACCUGAAUGCAAGAUGCGGUAAUAGGUCAGGCAUUAUAGAAGAAAUGGAUCAUUUUAAUUGUUACAUUUAUUCGAUUAUAAAAUUGUGAUAUGAGUAACAGUAAUAUUAUUAUACCCGAUAGAAAAUCAAUGUCAAUUCUUCGGGAAAUAAACUUCUUUAUUUAUACUUGGGUACUGAUCUUAAAAUUGUAAAUGGGAGAUUAGGGAAUGAUGCAGGUAUAGGCAAUUUUACCUUUAUGUCUAAUACAGGUAAAAGUCUAAUUGAUUAUGUGCUUAUGCAAUGCGAGUUAUUUCCCUUUGUACAUGAAUUUAAAAUACAUGAUUUGUUUACCUAUUCACAUCAUAAACCUGUUCAACUUGAUAUGAGUUUUGCAUGUAUAUCGAAAAUCAUUGAUAAUGAAAGUGUUAGUAUUAAUGUAUUAAAAUGAAAUAACAAAUAU